GUAGAAACCGGAAGUGGGCUUGUUUUGAUUUUUGCCGUUACACGCGUUUGGUUUGAGCAGAUAUGAACGGGGUACUUUUACCAAAAACUGUUCAAAUAACAAAUAUGGAGAGUCAAGUGGAAGAUCACAGCCACGAAGAAGAGACGAGGGGGACGAAAAGGAAGAUAUCGUUGUCUAACUGUGCGCUCUGUGGAUGUGAAGAGGCCAAGUACACGUGCCCCCGCUGCCUGACCCAUUCAUGCAGUUUAUUUUGCGUAAAAAAGCAUAAGGAAGACACCGGCUGCAGUGGAGUCCGGGAUAAGACCACUUUUGUUGCGCUCUCACAGUUUGAUGAAAUGAAUCUUCUCAGUGAUUACAGAUUUCUGGAAGACACUGGGCGGUUUUCUGAUGGGCCUACUAGAGAUGCUCUUAUUAAGGUUCCCCGUGUCUCUAUGAAGGCAAAACGCUUUAUGUCCAUUGCCCGAAAAAUGAAUAUCAACCUCAGGCUUUUACCCUGCACCUUCACAAAAAGCAAAGAAAAUUCAACCUUUUUCAAUUCAAAAGAGAAGCGCUUCAUGUGGCACUUGAAGCUCGUGUUUCCCCACAGCAGAGCAGAGUUCACUCAGAGGAGGGUGUCCGAUCAGCUGACUCUCCUGGAAAUUCUGAAUUCUUACAUCCAUCCUUCCGAGUCGGACCCUGCGGCACGCCAGAAGCUGAAGAUGUACGUUCACGAGCCUUUAGAACAUGUGAAAGUGUUCAUGAAGUCCGAGGGCAGAAAGGCGAACUCAGUGAGGUAUCAUGAACUGGAUCUUCACAAGAGCUUGAGGGAUAACCUAAGUUACAAAACAUUAAUCGAGUAUCCUGUACUGCACGUCGUUCUGAGGGCUCACUGGAAAGACUAUCCAUUGAAGGGGCCAGCUGAACCGUCAUCAGACAUCAGCAAUACGACUGAGAGAGUGAACCAUCUCAAAGACGAUGAGGCUGACAGAGCUUCAUCUGCUAAAGCCUCUACUGUCUGCACUGGAGCAUCAGAAAUCUGCUCACCACAAGCGAAACGGGCAAAACGAGAAGAGGGAAAGAACGAGAAGGAAGAUGGAGAGGUGACAGACAGCAGUGAUGAAGAUGAAGACAGUAGUUCUUCUUCUGAGAGUUCUGACUCAAGUGAAGGACCAAUGGAAGAGGGAAAGGUGCCAAUGGAUGUGCCAAAGGAUGUGGUAGAAAACUCUGUGGAAGAUGGAGUCAACAGCAACCAGAGUGCAGUGCAGUGACAGGAGCGGCGGCGACAGGAGCAGUACUGACCUCUUACCUGCACAAUAAGAGCCACAUGUGCUGCUCCACAUGGCACACAGUCUGCUGGGCCGAGGUCCAGCUGAGGCCGAGGUCCAGCUCCGACUGUGAGGAGCUGAAGCUGCCGCUUUCACUGUGGAGUUAGACACAGGGACCAACAGAACUGAGAACAACAGUUGUAACUCGCAUGUUGUUUUUGUUGUGACAGAUUAACGAUGGUUGACUGAAGAUCAUUUUUUCAGUGGUUACUUAUGUAAAAUUAUAAUUUUAAAGAAAUUCAAAGUAAAAUGAUGAACCAUUUUUCUGUAUUAAAUAAAAUAUAAUUUGUUGUUGUGCUAAUACUUCUGUAUAUGUGUGUACAUCUCAACAAUUAAAGGACGAAGGAAAGCUGCUUUCCUGGACACCCAAGGCCAUGUUAGUCUUAGUACACUUAGUGGUAGUGUUAGUACUCUGAGUAUUCUCUUAGUAGUCUCUUAGUACUCUUGGUAGUCUCUUAGUACUCUUAGUAGUAGUCUUAGUUCUUAAGCUCACUUAAUCUUUGUCACUAAGUCUCUGUAGCGCUUCAGGCUUCAGUCUGUGCUUUCCAUGGGCUAAUAACUGUGGACGUGGUCAUUCUCGUCUUUCUCACACCUUUCAUGUGUGAAUAUGCUGACGCAUGCAGGCUGCACACAGAGCAUUCUUAACCGGUGUCCGUUCAUUACCAUAACACAGUGCCAGUAAUAACGGGUGAUGCGGUCAGUUGCUGGGGCCUGUGUUCAGAGCCGUGUUUUUAUAACUCAUCCGCUGGACCUUAACCCCUGUGGACGCUGUGCUUUUGAUGUCUGCUCUGUGAUGACGCAGUUUCCACUCGUUUGCAUCAGCGGCAAUGAGCUCAGAAUGUGUCCGUCUGUACAGAAGACCUGUGCCUCUCAGUCAUAUCGGACAUGCAUUUGUCAAUAUUCUGACAGCCAUACCACACCAUAGACAUGCAUCUUAAAUGGACUUAGCUAACCUGCUAGCUGCUGCGUUCCGAGUAGGAAGUGAUCAUGGGCAGGCUUUGGACUCCAUCGACUUUACAUUAGAAAUUAGUUUUACAUUUGAAAACUGUGUCCCCUCUCUCUGUAACUGCUGCUGUCAGACUCGUCAUUUUGGUCUUAAAAUGUUCGUAUUCACCCACUCUACAUGAUCCUAGGAGUUUUAUUUCACUAUUGUGUCCGUUAAUCAAGAUAUGAAAAUUAAUAUCAGACAAAUCAGAUGCCGCCUUUCCCUGAGGUUGCUACCGCUAGCCUUAGCAACAGGUUUGAUGGACAGCACUGCUAAACGCUC